AAAGUUACUCGACUACGACUGCCAAGCCGGCCGCGCGUCUCGCGUACUAUUGACCGCGAAAUAAAAGUGCAUCAGUGGGAAAUACUUGUGAAAUGUGAACAGUGAAAACUUCGGAAUAUACUGAGUUCUCUUAUUGGAAUUGAUUUCGUAAAAUUAAUGUGAUGUUCAUCAGUUAACAAAGUCUAAUGCUACAUAAAUGGUGAUAAGUGAUAGUAUUUUGGUUAAAAUGAAGUGAUAUCCCAUAGCCGUUGGCAGGAAAUUGUAUCGAAACGAAUCGAAUGCCGCAGAUGAUGCGGCGAGACGAGUUUGCGGAGGCCGAGUGGCCUUAACGCGGCGUGCAUCCGCCACUAUGUCGAGCGCACUGUCCCCGGCUGCCUCGGCCACCGGCGACGACCAGGGAAGGCGUCGAUCCGUCUUUUACGUGCCAUUGUUUGAGAGUUUCGACAAUUACUUACCUCUAACACCAGAAGAAAGAGAAGCUUUAAUAACCGGCCAAGAUUAUGACAGUAAUUCUACGAAACCCAAGAGACGAAACGUCUUAGACAGUGGAAGGUUGCAUACUCCGUCUCGAGGUGAUUCUUCAUUCACUGAAAGUGAGAGUGACAUAAGUGUUUUAAGUCCGGAACGCAGAUUUCGUCGACCUUUAUCAUCGACCUUGAGCUCAAAUGAGGCUCUGACGAGAGUAGCUCACCGCGACUUGACCAGCCCUAGGUUAGUUGCUGAAAGUGGCCGCCUGCGUCAAACGAAGCCAAGAUUACGAAGCACGACUUCAUGUGAGCCCCGAUAUGAUAGAAUAUAUUCGCCAAUGGGCGGAUCGAUCUCAUCUAGCAAGCUUAAUUGUUCCAUUUCAAAUAUUGGCACCAAGAUUGCAACGAAAAAUCCGAUUUUAAAUUCAAAUUUAUCUCUUGUACCGGAUUCUCCAAAACUCCUUAAUCCUGGAAAAGAGAAGUCUAAAACGCUACCACAGAAUUUAAAUGCCCCCUCCCCAAUACGAGGUAGUAGCAGCUCUUCAUCAAUAUUUAGAACACCAAGAAUUACUGUUACACCGGAUAGUCCCAAUAAAAGUCCAGGAAAGAUAUCAGGAUUAAAUUUCAUUCGUCGCUCCCGAAGCACGAAGUUGUCAAGAAGUAAUUCUUUAUUAAGGAGUAUAACGACGAGGCAUAUAGAAGAAGGAUUAGGUGAUCAGAUUGCUGUCGUCACAGAUCUGACCGAUAACUACGACAAGUUCGUAGGCGAUAAUGGCGGUGAGAAUGAAGUGAUAGGAGCUCUGAUCAAGAAGAAUGAAGCCCAGGUGGUGAACAGUCCUCUGAGUAUUCGACGUGGAUACCUGGAUGUUGACGAUGACGUCGCCGUGCAUUCCGAUACUUCGUACGAGAAAGCAUGUCGGCGAGGUUCUGCCCCAAGCACACCCGUGCCCGGCGCCCAAGCUCAGCACAGCCCUUCCCGCCUCGCUUCCUUCUUCUUCUCCAAGAGGUCCUUCAGGAGCAACCCUCUCAAGAGGACCAAGUCCGCCACAAAGCUGGAGAGAGAGCGGGCGCUAGCAGCAGUGCCGACACAUCCGCCUGGCCAUGCAUUACGAACAUCUAGAUCUCACGAAAGCCUGUUAUCAGCUCACUCACCCGCUGUUUCCACUAUGGACCUGGGACCACCCAAUCAAGUGGAAAUUCGUGCUCUCCACUCGUCCGUGCUAGGCAGGGCGCACUGCUUCGCGUUGAGCGCUGAAAACCGUCCACCACGGUACUUCGCCUGUGCCUCUCGGAAGGAGCGCGACCGCUGGAUUUACAGCUUGCGGCAAGCGGCGCGGCCCGACGAGAUCCGCACGCGGCGAUGCGAGCGGACCGUCAAACUGUGGCUUCUAGAAGCAAAAGACAUACCGCCCAAGAAGAGAUACUACUGCGAGAUCUUGCUGGACGACACUCUGUAUGCUAGAUCAUCGUCAAAGUUGAAGACGGACCUGUGCUUUUGGGGCGAGGUAUACGAAUUCGGCGCGCUGCCGGCCGUGCACGCCAUACAUGUCAACGUAUACAGAGAGCCCGAGCGGCGCGCGCGCAAGCGAGACAAACACGCUCUUGUCGGUACAGUACGUAUCCCGGUCGACGACGUAUCGUCGCGAUACCUCAACGAGCGGUGGUACCCACUGAGCGAGGGCGACAAACCACAGUCUCCCGGCGGCAGAACUCCUGCGCCGCUCCGACCCGCGCUUAGAAUCAAAUGCCGCUACCAAAGCGUCGAUGUAUUGCCUCAAGACCAUUACGCCCGCUUCCUGGAUUACCUGAAGAAGAAUUAUAGAAGGCUUUGCGAAUAUUUGGAACCUGUUAUAGGCGUAAAAGCGAAAGAAGACAUAGGAUGCGCACUAGUGCUUUGUAUGGCGGGCGCGGGACUCGCGCCCCGCUACCUGGCGGACGUGGUGGCGUUGGAUGUGCGCCGCACCGGCGACCACUCCCUCACCUUCCGCGGGAAUUCACUGGCUACUAAGAGCAUGGAAGCGUAUCUCAAACUUGUUGGGGACCAGUAUCUACAGGACACACUCGGCUCGGCGGUAGCAGCAGCGGCGGGCCCCGGCGCCGCGGAGUGCGAGGUGGACCCGCUGCGCGCGGGCUCAGGAGCAGCGCUGAGACGGCAACAAGCCGCGCUCCGGGACGCCGUCACCCUCGCUUGGAGAUCCAUCGCUUCUUCUGCUCCAAGGUUCCCACCGCCGCUGAGAGACUGCUUCGCUACGUUCCGAGAGAGAUUAAUCUCGAUGGGACGAGAAGAUAUUUCGGACAACUUGAUAAGCGCAUCAAUCUUUCUACGAUUCCUCUGUCCAGCUAUCUUAUCUCCCAGUCUUUUUGGAAUCACACACGAGUACCCGAACGAGCGCGCGGCGCGUAACCUGACGUUAGUCGCGAAGACGCUUCAGACCCUCGCUAACUUCACGCGCUUCCAAGGAAAGGAGGCCUUCAUGGAGUUCCUCAACGACUUCCUAGAACAAGAGGCACCCAACAUGAAGGCUUUCCUCAGAGCUAUAUCUACACGUCCGCAAGAUCAACAGCAACACCAACAGCAACAUCAACAGCAGCAACAACACCAGCAACAACAACAACAUCAACAACAACCGGAAAACAACAACCGCCAUUCGUCUUCAUCUCACGGCUCGGCUGCAUCAGAGUGCUCGCAACACGUGGUCGCAGUCGAGGCCGAUCCUGAGUGGGCGCCGCACGUAGAUAUCGGCAAGCAAUUAGCGACGCUCCACGGCUUAUUGGUUGAUAGUCUGCCUAAGCUACCGCCUACUAGGAUACAGGAACUGGAUCCACUGUCCGAUAUCCUAGACGAACUGAGCAAAAGAUUGGUGAGCAACGACUUAGGACCUCCUACACAAAUUACGGACAACAUAUUCAGGUUUAACGAUCCAACAUGUAAUUCAACACCAGCGAAACCCAGUAACAUAGAAGUCACAACCAACGGCCAAAUUAAUAAUAAUUUCGCUCAUAGUUCGCCAAUCAUGAACAAAAAUGGUGUCCAAUUCAACAUAAGUCCAUCAAAAUCUAACGCUGAAGAAUCAAAGUAUAAAAAUUCAUAUGUGGCCGUAUCUAAAUCACCCAGUUUUAACUUACGAUCAGCAACACUGCCAAGAAAUGGAUAUGGUUCAAAUCCAGUCAAUCAAAAUGUAAAUCCUGAUCGGUAUAGCUCUCAGUACAAUAGCCAAGAACAUUGCGUUAACCCAAAGGUCUUGCAAAUUGGUUUCGGUUCCGACCAGUAUCCCAAGGGCAUCAGCAACGGGAUCAAUGAAAGCCUGGAACGGCGAUUUCAAGACCGAUACAAACCCAACAAUUACAAUCAGCAAACGCAUUAUCACAACUCAAAUUAUAACAGCACGGAGAGAUCCCCGAGCAGUGACAGUAUCAAUCACAAUUACUCUGUCAAAGACAUGCAGAACAUCAUAAAAGAAACAGCGACUUUAGAAGAAUUGUCAGAUUUAUUGAAAUAUGCCGACGAUUCAGAUAUAGUUGAUGACAAACUGAUGAAUAAAAAGAACUUGGCGCAGUCUAAAUCUAACAACAAUAACAUCAUCAAUGGAAACAAAACGAAUUAUACCAGUAACGGGUCUAAUGUUUCUAUUAGUGGUUUGUCUAACGUCGCAAGUUCCGGCUACCAAAGUAUCGCCACGUACAGCCAAAGUUCUAGUCCCAUCGAAAAUACUACACAUCACCACCAACCGUAUGAAAACGGCGGUCAACCGAUGAGUCGUUACUCACAGCUGAAUUACCAAAAACAGAGGGAAAAACAGUAUUAUGACAACAAAAAUGACAAAUUCUAUCCAAAGAGUCCAGUGCAACAAAAAAUUGAUUAUGAUAUACAAAAGUACGGAAUUCAAAACUUUACAACGGCAGAUAAUACUCAGUCGAAUACUAACUUGAAUUCGAAAGUAGCACCGUUAGUAUUCACUAAUCCCGUUUACAAUAUGGAGGACAAUAGACAGGCUCAGGAUAAAAAGAAAAAUGAAAACAGAAACUCGAAACGUUGUCCUUGCGGCUCAUCCAGUUCAUCGAUAGAUGAGGAGGGCUUGAGCACAGACAACGUGGAAACAAACUCGGAAGAAGGUUCCACCAACUUCAAUGAAGACCAACAGAACCGCAACAAUACCCACCGAAAACUAACCAGAGAUAAUUGUAAUUAUGAAGAUGUUUACCAAAUGAGCAACCACAGUCACUCGCCGCGGAUACGAGAUGACGAAUCGUCCAGUAAUUCGCCUAGUCUACGGAAGAGCAGCAAGACGCGAAUGCCAAGAACGAACCCAAUGCUCUCUUACUCCACAGCCCAGAACCAACUCAAUCUAAAACAUUUUGGUCAAAGAGGGGAAUCGUUAUAUGAGAGCAAACCCCAUCAUAUCUCGACCGAUUCCGGUUAUCCAAUGAGCAGAUCCGAUUCAAAUGUGGAAGAAGUUAACAAAGAAAUGUACAGGUUACAAAUCUCAAGGAGCCAAAAAGCGCUUUAUAAUAUGGAAAACUCGAAGAACUCUCCUGAAAAAUAUUCUCUGUCAGAGAGUAAGAUUCCUGAGACGAAUUAUCCUUUAGAUAGAACGUACUCCGGGGCGAAGGUUUCCAGUAGUAGAUUGAAUGAAGAUUUGGAAAGGCAUCAAGAUUAUUACGGGGUAAGAGACAGAAGAGAGUCUCCUCAGACAGUGUUCAAUAGGGAAUCGCAGUCGAGUGAGGCGAGUGAGAGGGCGCCAGUGAGAAGUGAGCGAGAGAUAUCUAUAGCGGGUCGCGACAAGCUGCAGCGUAGGCUUAGCCUGGAGUCGGCGCGGGAACUCACGGAUAGCUCUGACGACAUGGAGGAUACCUUGUACAGUACAACAGGGAGACGGCGCGCUUCCAAACAUCAAAGAACCAUAGAACAGUAUGAACGAGAAAUUGAGAGGCUAAAAUGUUCAGUAGAAUUAUUACGAGGGAGGCUGCCGGCUGAACCUGGUCAGGAUCACACAGAUGCAAAAAUGAAGGCUAUUAUAUCCAGGUUGAUAUGUGUCGAAGAGGAACUUCGUCGUGAGCAGCGCAAAAUGGCUGCCGCUCUCUCGCACAAGCAGCGAGUAAUCGAAGCUCAAGAGCAUCGCAUCGCGGCACUAGACGAGGCCAACACUCGGUUGUUGUCCGCGUUGGUGCACCUCCAGCAGCGCGCCCCCCACCCCGCGGCCGCGCACCCCCCCGCGCACAACAACCCCCACCCUUCACAACACUCCCAUCAGGAACUACAAAUUUAACAGUGCCGGGAAACUGACAUAUUUUAAAGCCUACGGGCCACGGACAAAAGCUAAUGUGUGUGUUUGAACUUGAUAUUUUUUACAAAUUUUAAAUAUAAUUUCGGUCUCAUAAAAAGAUUCAUCAUUCGUAUACGUACCUGUACCUAACAAUGAAAUACCUAGUUCGAUCUUAUUCCGUAGACAAUAUACCUAAUAUUUUUAAAAGUACCGACACUUUGUCUUACGCACAAACUUUCGACUUUUGGUAAUCUUAAAGAAAGCAAUAUUCUAUAUUUAAUUAUAUGUUCGUGUUUAAUAAAUAAAUAGGUAACUAUUUUUACUAAUAUUCAUGAAUAAUUAUCAGGCAAGGCACAAUAAUCAAAUUUAGCACUCUGCUUGUCAUGUCUGCAAAAUAUACGUUAUAAUAAUGGUUGGAAGUUUAAUAGGAAACGUUUUUUCGAACGACAUUGAAACAGAAUCACAAUUGUUUUGCCAUUUAUAAUUAACUUUGUUACAUUGUUUCAUUAGUUUUAUAAAAAAAAUGAGAUGCUUUAAAUUAAAUUAAUGUUUUAUUUUAUAUCAGUAUUUUAAUUAAUGAACCGGGUUUCACGUUCGCGUCACGUGUCGACAUGUUUGUUUUCUGUAGCAAUGAUACCAAAGACGAUUGAAUAUCCCUCAGUCUAUAGUUGUAGUGUUACACUUCAACGUCACUACAACUGUAGCCUUCUAAUGUUGUAAUUUAAAAUAAAAUGUUAUAGUUUUAUAAUUAAUAAGACUUGUAUAAUAAUUUUCUUAGUGUUUAAGUAAAACGUGGUAUGAAUAGAGUAUUUUUACUACCUGUGGAGUAUUAUAGUGGAUUUUUAUGACAAUGUAUAAUGAUUGUGACUCUCUCAAAAAUUAACAAUAUGACUUCUUGAUUUAAAAUACUUUUUCUGCAAUUCACAAUAUACAACCUAGUUGUAACAAUGGAAAUUACUUUUAUGUAAAUAUACCCGCGUAGGUAUAUGAUAAACUUAUCAUAUUAAAUUAUGGAUUAUGUA